CAUGAUUCUUAGAUUAAUCUACCCAUUUAAACCUUGAGAACUGAAUAAGUGCAUUUCCAUUGGCCGAUGAUAAACAGUCGAAACCGAACCGAAGAGUCCAUGAACGUCUAGGAUCUAUUCCUCCUUGUUCCUGGAGAAUGACGUUUGUCGAGAACCCCAAACCCAUAAUUUUGCACGUGAAAGGGCGUCUCCCGCCAUGCCCGACACACCUGCUUCACCGACACACCUUGCCAAGGAGAAAAUGAAUCCUUGGAAUCGGAUUUGCGUUGCUCUAAUUGCGACUAUCGGCAUGGCAGUUGAUGUAGCGCUGUUCUGGAAAUAUAAACUCCUGUCGUGGUGGAGAUCUAAGUCCCCGAAAGCAACUCUUUUACAUUGUUUGGCGACAGCUUUGUCGUUUGAAGAUUGGGAGGAGGCUGCGUUCCAACUCGACGAGCUGCUGAGCACUGAUCUAUGGCGGCAAAACCCUGUUAGUCGGCACUAUGACUAUCGUCUCAUCUUAGGAAGACUGGAGUCUUUGAUGAGUGCCAGAGAAGAUGAGGAUAUUCUGACUCUAGCCAAUCUUCUUCGAUCUGGGUUGGUUCGUAAUUUGGGUAACAUCACCUCGCUCAAGCUGUUUGUUCACGCUUACGCGGGUACAAAGCUACUUAUCGACGACUACAUAACACAGGUGGCCCUCUCGAUCCAACAUGUUUCCUCGCUGCAGACAGUCCCUAGCUACGAGGGUGGGUUUACCUCCCAGGCAAAGCUGGAGCUGCUGCAUGACACCCGCCAGGCCUUUGGGCGCUCGACUCUGCUCUUGCAAGGGGGAUCCAUCUUUGGCUUGUGCCACCUGGGUGUGGUGAAAGCGCUGCACCUCCAAGGUCUCCUACCGCGGAUUAUCACGGGGACCGCUACGGGAGCUCUGAUAGCUGCCCUCGUCGGAGUUCACACUGAAAAUGAAUUACUGACGUUCCUGAACGGCGAUGGAAUCGAUCUGACUGCCUUUGAAAAAAGACGUAGAACCAGGAUCGCCGCGGAAAGCCACAACGCAGAAGAUGGGUGGUUCGCGACUUUAUAUAGACGUAUGAGUCGGUACGUCCAGAAGGGGUACUUCUUUGACGUGGAAGUGCUGGAGGAAUGUGUCCGAGCCAAUGUUGGAGACCUCACGUUUGAGGAGGCCUAUGCACGGUCGAAACGCGUCCUGAAUAUCACCGUGGCCACAUUGAGCAAGAACGGAUCGCCCAGCCUGCUAAACUAUCUGACAGCCCCGAAUGUGUUGAUAUGGUCAGCGGCUCUAGCAUCCAACGGGUCAUCUUCAUCGCUGUAUUCUCCUGUGACGAUCUAUUGCAAAGACGAGACAGGCUCGAUCGUUCCCUGGCCGCACUCUCAGGAGGCUACGUUCAAGUCCUGGAGACAUAUCCAUUACAAAGAAGGAGAAUCGCCACUUUCACGUAUCGCUGAGCUCUUCAACGUCAACCAUUUCAUUGUAUCCCAGGCCCGGCCAUACCUGAUCCCGUUUCUCCAGUCGGAACUCAACCUCCUUGACCGGCGACAAGUCGACCACUGGAACCUCUCGCGGUCCCUGAUGCGCUUGGUGAUGAUUGAAAUCCGCCACCGCCUGAAACAACUGGACUACUUGGGUCUGCUGCCUAGCACUCUCGCCAAAAUCCUCAUCGAGGAGACCAUCCCGGGGCCUAACCUGACGCUGAUCCCGGAUCUUGCACUAAAGGACUUUGCCAAGCUCUUCCAGAACCCGACGCGGGAAAGCCUCUCCAACUGGAUUCUCAAGGGCGAGCGAGGGGUCUGGCCGGCGGUCGAGGCUCUUAAGGUGCGCUGUGCGGUGGAAAUCGAGCUGGACAAGGGGUACCAGAUGGUACGGCGGCGCCGGCCAAGCGACCAGCAGCCGCAAUCGCCUCUGGCUAAUAUGGCGGGACAGCGGCGAGCGGCGAACGAAAGUCUUCGGCGACGACGGCGAGCGAGCGCGGAUUCAGGGAGUAUUGGAAAGAUCUGAGGAUUGUUUUAUCUUGAGCAACGCUUAUAUACAAAGUCAUGGAGACAUGAACAGAUAAUCCUAAGACUCGAGUAGAGAUUCUCAGGCUGGUAUAUCAUGUAGUCAUAUGACGGGAGUAGGAUCUACGCAAUAGAUCACCCAUCCAUAAACCUAUAAUCUC